AUGUCUCUAUUCGGUCAAGCUGCGGCCCCGUCCACGGGCGGCGGCCUCUUUGGACAAGCCAACAACACCGCAAAUAAGCCCAGUCCCUUCGGCGGAGGUGGUGGUCUCUUCGGAAAUACCUCGACGACAAACACUGCGCAGCAGAACACCACGGGCGGAUUGUUUGGAGGUGCGACGCAGACUCAGCAACCGUCGGGAGGAGGUCUCUUCGGCGGCGCCACAAACACGCAGACUCAGCAGCCAUCCGGCGGACUGUUCGGCCAAACCGCGACCCAGCAGAAGCCAGCCGGUGGUGGUCUUUUUGGAGGUCUGGGGCAGACGCAACAGCCCCAGCAGCAACAACAGCAGACUACUGGAGGGAGCUUGUUCGGGCAGAAACCCCUUGGAGGAGGUGGAGGAGGAUUGUUCGGUCAGCAACAGCAGUCGCAGGCGCCGCAGCAGCAGGGUGGUGGUCUGUUUGGUGGGUUGGGUCAGACGCAGCAGCCUCAACAACAGCAGCAACAACCGAGUCUGUUUGGUGGUUCUCUACUAGGAGGACAGCAGCAGCAACAGCAACCGGCGCAGCAACAGCAGCAGCCCCAAUUGGGCCAGACUCAGAUGGGUCAGUCGACGGCACAGCUCGGUUCGAGUCUGUGGGAGCCGGGCCGUGCAGUUACCGGAGUCCACCGCACCGUACCGAUGCAGAUUCAGAUCGUAAAGGACAAGUGGGAUGCGUCCAGCCGUUCCUCCCCCUUCCGCGCGUACUUGUAUAACAAUGUCGGUGAAGAAAUGGCGCCUUUCUACCAGCCGGGUCCGGAGGACGAUGACACAAAAUGGGAGGAUGCGCUGCGGAAGCGGCCCGAUUCGGGAUAUGUUCCUGUGCUUGUCAAGGGCUUUUUCGAGCUGGGCAAGCGCGCGCAGCGCCAGAAGGAUUUCCUUACCAUGAUGCAGACGCGACUCCACGAGAUCAACAACUGCCUGUCGGAUCUGCUGUCUCGGCACGACCUGAAGAUUUCGGUCAAGAUUGCCGACUGCCGCCGGAAACAUCUCGUCCUCAGCAAGCGGUGUUUGGCGCUUGCGGCCAAGACACAGGUGCUGCGGAAUCGCGGUUACGCCAUGGAUGACGCGGAGGAGGAGCUGAAGAAGAAGCUCAGCCAGCUGGAGCGGUCGGUCUUUGACCCGUCACUGAACGGACGGGCGGAGGAGAUCUGGGCGCGCAUGCUGGCGAUCCGGGAGCACUCGCGACGUCUACAGCAGGAGAUGGAGCGGGCCGGACCCAGCGCGGCGGCGCAGGCGGACGACGAGCUGGACGAGCAGACGAUGAAGACGGCCAAGAAGAUAUUGGAUGACUACCACACGCAAAUCCAACACUUGCAGAAGGAGCUCGAAGCAGUGAGAAAGGACUUUGAGGAGGCACAGAAGCUUCCCGGGGGAGCCGUGAACCACUGA